AUGGCGGACGAAAAAAGAGUUCUUUCAUUAUUUGUUAUCGAUGCUUUUACAAGUAAGCCUUUCAGUGGAAAUCCAGCUGCGGUUUGUCUUGUAGGAUCAAAGGUGAGUUUUAGUCUUUUGAGUUAGAGAAUGUGAGGGAGGCUGGAGGGCGGCUAAAUCUUGUCUCAGGUUUGGCAGGCGGUAACAGUUGCUUCGCGUAUUGAGAUAAAGAACCUUCGGUCUUGUUAAGUUGACGCUGAUGUUUGCGAUAAUUUGAACGGUCUGAAUUCUAACGGUUGGCUUUCUAGUAAGAAACAGAAACAGAAAAAUUAAAUAGAGUGUCUUUUACUGCUCAUAUACAGGGGCGGAUUCAGGAUUUUUUUUAGGAGGGGGUGCACUCGUCUCUUGCUCUACUUCAACACCAAUAAACCACAUACUUUUUUUCUUUUUUGCAGAAUACCAGUUGUAUUAGAAAACUGCAGGUCAUCUCAGCGGGGGUGCGCACCCCCUGCACCCUCCCCCUAGAUCCGCCCCUGAUAUAAAUUAAUUUAUAUACGCUCGUCAAUAGAAAGCUCUGCACCCCUAUACCCACGGACACUUGGGGGCAUGGUGGGGAGCAUUAGACCGGGGCUGCCUUCUAAAUGAAGCAAAUUCCCUGCUGUUUGGGUCUAUUUCUUGCAUCCAGACCCCAUUUUUGUCCCUGCCCAGGUUUUUUUUUAAGAGUCUGAAAGGAGUUGUGGUGGUAGUUGGGGAAGGGGGAGUAGGUGAAUGGGGGCGCAAAUGCUUAUAAUUAGGAAAUUUAAACUAAACCUCUAUUGGGAAUCUGGGCAUCUCAUGCUUUGUUUGAACCCUAAAAGAUUAAAGGAUACCAUUUUGAAUCAGUUUGGCAAAAUGCCUCACUAUAGACCUUUUCACAGUUUUUUCAACUUUUUAUAUGGAAAAGUUCGCAAAAAAUCUGUCAACACCACUGAAAAGAGCGCCUUAAAAUUAGUAAAGUUGCCAAAUUUGAAAGUGAUACAUCUUAAGUGAGCCAAGAUAUAGCUCCGCAAGUUUGUGCCCACCACCAUACAAACAUCUGUGAAAUUUUAUAUAACGCUCUUUUCAGUGGUGUUGACAGAUUUUCCCAAACUUUUCUAUGUCAAAAGUUGAAAAAAGAACCUGAAAAAGGCUAUUGACCUAGGAUGCGGUUGUUCAAACGCUGGAUGCUGUUAUCCACCAGAUAAAUCACUAUCCAACAGCUAAGUAUUAUGGAAACCAAUAUUACUAUAUCCACUGGAUAGAAAUUUGUUAGAUAGCUCUAUCCACCUUUUGAACAAACUGGGACCUGCACUACCCAAGUGCUGGGAUUGACGAUGCAUUGGUUUCCACUGACAGUGGCAAAAAGACAUUAACACUAUGACUACAAGUCCAAAAAACUAUACAGUGCAAAGAUAAUGUGUAGGCAUUAUCCAAGAACAGUCAUAUUUUCUGAAUGAAGAGCAAGAUUUUAUUUGGUCUUUUAGUCGUAACACUUCAAUAAAACUUUGAUUUAUCCCUUUCCUGUCAUAGCACCUAAGUGAUCAAAUGUUACAAAAGAUUGCACAGGAAAUGAACUUGUCAGAUACUGGCUUCAUUCUGGAGAAAAACAGUCAAGAUACUUACAGUCAAAGUAAGCCAACUAGAAGUACCAUUCAAUUGUUAAUUGGUAUUAAAAUUGGAUGGCUGAGAGUCAACAACUGGUUUUCAUCUAGCAUCAUUUUCUGCAAAAAAAUUAUUUAGCCAACAACCAGGAACAAGGUUUAAGAGCAGAGUGUUCAAGACUCAAAUAUUAUCAACCCACAUGUACGCCUGGCUGACUCCUGCUGUGUAACCUGCAGUUUUAAAAUGCCUGUUAUUCAAGCUGAUCCAAAACUUUUGUUGGUGCCCUUGCAGGCUUCUUAUUCUUUUGGGAAAUCAUCAUGUUUUAUACGUGAAAUCAAAUCCAGAUCAUCUUGAUUGUCUUGACAGUUUUGGGGAUGAUCAUGUUGCUCAGGAUGAUCAAAACAUAGUGUUAUGCCAGUACAGAACCAUGCCUUUAAAAAAAAAGUUCCUCAGGUUUAAGGACCAUGGAGCUUGUGCAUUACUUUUGACCGUGAUGGGUGCUUCUGAUAUAGUUGCCUUGCAAGGCAGAUGUCUCUGGGGGCUGAAUAUGGUACAAUAUUUUGAUAGGUACUUGUUUUGGUCUGCGAUGGUUCACUCCAACAUGUGAAGUUCCACUGUGUGGACAUGCAACGCUGGCAUCAGCUGCAGUUUUGUUCAACUGCUUAGGUGAGUGAAUAUAUACUGUAAAUCUGCCAGUUCUUCCCUUCCAAAUUAUUUUUUUCCCUCUUGAGACCUUGAGGCUUUGAAAACAAUCUUCUUUUGUAAUCAGUUGAAAUAGCUCAUAGAAAUGGCUUUAUAUAUUCACAAGCCAAAACUAAAAGUCUAUUGUAAAACUAUUUUAGUUUUGGCUCGUAGGGGACUGAUUGUCUUGUGCCAUACUGCACAAAUUUGUUGUUGAUAAAUCCAUGUUUCUUUGUCGUAAGGCAGUUAAAUGCCAUGAAAUCAGAUUAUCAUUAGUUGUAAUAUUUCUAGCUGUCUCCAGGUUUUUACUGAAAAAUGUAAGGUUCUGGUCUCAGUUCCAAGGUUUCUUUUGGUGCUCAGGAAGUGGAUAUGUUGUAAGGUCUGAAUAGAGCACCGUGCUGCCAGCAUUAAAUUUUGUAUUAGAAAAUUUUUAUUUUCAGAACAUGAGGCCAAAUAAAUGUUGUUUAAUUUAAUGCAUUUUGGGUUACUUCAGGUAAUCCCAACAAAGAAGUUACCUUUGAAACGUUGAGUGGAAAUUUAAAAGCUAGGAAAGAAGGUACACUAUGUCUUUUGUUAGGUAAAAUUAAUUUAGUUCUCAUGGCUCUGCCCUGCAGUCCAACCCCUUACCCUUUCACAUACCAUUUUUGACAGGAAAGGUACUGGUUUUGAAUACCUUUUAUUGACAAAAUGGUAUCCUUUUCACAUACCUAGUUAAGAACCUGUAUGCAUCUCUUUUAAAUAAAUAAUGAAUAAUGAUUUGGAGGUAGCACAUCCACAAAGUGGUUCUUUGUCUACCUGAUUCCCAGUCGAAUUGGAAUUUGGAAAUGUUGGUUUUUGAGGAGAGGGGAAAACCGGAUUAGCCGGAGAAAAACCUCUCGGAGCAAAGGAGAGAACCAACAACAAACUCAACCCACAUAUGGCAUCGAUGUCGGGAUUUGAGCGCAGGCCACACUGGCGAGCAUUUUCACCACUGCGCCAUCCCUUGCUCCCUGUUACUGCUGUAACUGCACUGUCUUUCAAGUAUGAAUAAAUCACAAAGCCAGAACAUUUUCUUGACUUUGUCACAGCCAUAGAAGGCAUCUGUUAGACGUUUUAAGCCUUUUUGCGGACUGAAAUGACAGAUUUCCCUACCUGUUGAUAAACUUUUAAGUUGUGAAGAGCCUCCUGUAUAGGAUAUUGCCCAUCAUGAAUCACUGCCUUGCAAAAUAGUUAUAUGCAGCUGCUGGUAAAUGUUGUUGUAUAUAUAGCGCUUAAUUUUAUUCAUGUUAUCUUUCUUUGGUCUUAGGCGUGGUAAAGUAUAAUAAUGACAUUUUAACCAAGGAUAAAAUUGAAACACAAUAAAUACAUUAUGGUAAAGAAACUUGCAAUUUACUCAGUGGUAAAUGACACUGACCAUACUAAGGGCGCUUUCCAAGAGUAAGAACUGGCUGGCCGGACCUUGGCCGGACCAGUCAUUUUGACCUGAAUGAAGUAGCCUUUGUCCAAAGGGUUUUCGCUGAAAAUCCAUCUUCUUCGUAGAUAGUGCUCAGGACCUGACUGAUCUAGCUGGAUAGUUUUGAUUUAGAGUGAAAUUCUCCUUACGACAGGAAUGACCUGGCUGUUCAGUUCUGACAGAUGGAAAGCGCCUUAAGAUUCUAUUAUUUUUGUAUAUUUGUAUUAGGUUCGUCAAUAUGCUUAGAUUUUCCACUCAACCCUUGUGAACCAUGGCCGCUGUCUGGGGUAAGAUGAUGUUAUGUGGAAAUUAAAUAAUAAUUCUUUGCCUCAAAGAGCUUUUUUAACAAUAAGGGGUCUCAUGGUUAGGGGCAGCUCCUCUUCCUCCAAUAGGCUAGCUACUGUUGUGGAAGAACAUUGUUCCGAGAUAACAUAAUCUCUUUUGCACGUAAUGCGUGCCUAUUUGACAAUUUAUUUACCGCAUGAAAGUGAGGCUGUGGCAUUCUUCUCUGAUGUCCAUUUGCAGAUUACGUUCUCUACCAAAGACAGACUUGAGCUGUAGAUAAAUGGGUUCAGGCAAUUUAGAUGUUUUGACAAAAAUGACUCUUUUGUUAACACUCCUCAAUCACCCAUUACUGCCUGCGUGGAACCACGUCCCUUUUACCACUUGUAACAACUUAACAAUCACGGGCAACUUUGACUCCUUGGAGAUCUCUCAAACUAUUCCCAGAGACAAUUCAGUCAAACAGCCCGUAAAACGUAAAAACGUAAAAAAUCCUGAAACGCUAACCGAAAAUUCAAACGAAAAUCUUGUCUCACAACUCUCCUUUACUUCAUGCAAAAUAAUUUUACGAUUCACCGGGUUUUCCCGAGAACGUUUCCCGCCAAAACGAAGCCUCGGAAAUGUCCAGCAAAAGGGAAAAAAGAAACGAGCAAAGAAAAUUUAAAGAAGCGAGAUGUGGAGAAUGGGAAAGGUAAACUCUAGGGGGAAGCCGAAAUUUCUUACGAAAAUUUGCCUUCCUUGCGUAUCUGAUGAACUUCGAAGUUUUCAGCUUUGACUGAGCUAUUAGAGAGUUGAAACUUCACGUAUACUGCAAACGGCAAACGUCAGAUUGAAGUUGCGGAUUUCUCAAACUAGAAAAUGAGCAGAUAAAAACAGCUCAAAAAAUUCUUAUGGAUUAGAAAUAACGUGAAACUACUUUUUUAUGUGUAGAAGUAAUGAACAGUAAACGACAAGUAAAGGAGAACUUGGUCACGUGGUACAAAUUCGCGUUUACUGUUUGACGUAAACGUGAUGCUUAUUUUAUGUAACCUCUGUAUUUGUGAAUAAUUACUCGAACGAUGUACUAUAGUCUGCUCACACCAAGUAAAAGGUUGUUUACCACAUAUACUGCUCCAUCUAUAUAAUUCUACCAUAGUUACAAUAACUUGAAAACACACUAAAUACACUGAAACAUGGAGAAUUUCCUCGACAAUUUCCCUCUAACCGUGAAAGAUAUGUUAGGCAUGAAAGUGUUAGAAUUGAUGUCUUAUUCCACGAUAUAUGUUUCAUAUUUUUCUUAGGAAGAUCCAUCAAUUACAAAACUUAUUAGAGCAGGUGUGUUUUGAGGCAUCAACGCCUUCUUUUGUUUGUUUUUGAGUUUCCUUGAUUUCAUGUUUAAGUGUCCCAAAAGCUAUAUCUCUCGCAACAAGAAAGCUGCUGUUGUAUUAAGCUGUCAAAUGCACAAAAUGUGUUAGUGCAAAAGACCCUAUACACGGUUUUUUUCGACUUGUUUUUUAACUGGAACCAGUUACCGAAAAUCUGUCAACACGGCCGGAAAGAAGGCUUUGAAAUCACCAACAUUGCCGUGUUUCAAAGUGAUUUGUUCCUAGUGGAAACUAUAGCUCCACAAAGUGGCGGAAUUUUACAGACGUCGGGGAGCAUACAAAUCGCGACUUUGUGGAGAUCGUGGAAGGUUCUAUUGAGGAAAUCUUUAAGUUUGACCAUGUAUGUAAAAGCUACUGAGCAGUACUUUCCGGUGGUACUGUUUAUUAUGAUGUACAAGGUGGUUUCAACUUUUAAGUCUGUGGGUGCAAUUCUAUCGUGUGUCGUUGUUUUCCUCUACUCCUGUUUCAUUUUACGCUGUUGAGAUGAAAUCCUUCCCCGAAUCCGAUAUUGCGAGAAUAUUUAAUUCUCUGCAAGCUGGGCCUCCGCAUCUCGACUUGUUCACAUGCUAAGUAAUUUCUACCCUGCGAACAGAGUCUCCUUCGUUCUUAGGAAAGAUCAAAGCGACUCUGCUAGCAGGGUAAAUAACUUCCUGUCUUUCGUUAUAUUUCAUUUUAGUUGUGGGAGACCUCGCAGUAAAGGAAGUGGAAUACAAUAAUACGACCAACAACCUUUUGCUGUGUCUGCAACCUUCUUUGACAAGGUUAGAAAAUUGUUAGAUUGGUUUUAUUCAGCAAGGACUGUGGGAACGAAACUACCGAGCACUCCAGUUGGACAGAUAAAAGCGAUACGAAGUGCAGAACAUUUCUGAAAGUGUUGACAAAUGAGCAGAAAUAAUCGGAGAUUCCUCGGGCCGAGUUUAAUAAAAGGUGGAUAACGCUAUCAGCUAAAUAAAUCUCUGUCCAGAGGAUGACGCAAUUGGUGUCCCUAGCAUUUAUCCUUUGGAAAGUGAUUUAUUCGGUGGAUAGUACUUUCCUACGUUUGAACAACCGGGGCUUGGACUCUAACGUGAACAGUACUUGUUAAGUUUUUUUAUUUUUUUAUGCAGGAACGAUUUAGAAAGUUUCUGCCCUGACUUCCAAGCAAUGACGUCAGCCCACUCGGCGGGGAUUGUCCGCGGGGUAAUUGUAACACUUCAGGGGACUGAGGCAAAUGGCUGUGUGGACACAACUGGAGAAGUCUACGACUUCAUUUCACGAUAUUUCGCUCCAUGGCGUGGUGUCCCUGAGGAUCCAGUUACAGGUUAGUAAAGGGUCAAAUAGCCCUCUUGCCACAGGUAUCGCACUAGGCUUACGCUAGUGGCAGUUAGACUGGAGACGGGACACAAUGCCGUGAAAAACGACGUCUGUCUCAUAUUAAGGAUGUUAGUAAGUAUCGAGUUCGAAUUGGAUCGAUUCAGAAACGGGUAUCGGCGUAACGCCAUUGAUUAGCUUUACGAAAAAAUAAUUCAGUGUAGACUAAAUUUACGUUAACAUGUGAGGAAUUUCUAAGGUAGUUGAGAAGCGUUCAGGAAAAUUCUACGUUGCGUCGUGUUUCACCUGCUUACAAUUUGACAGCAUUCUCGACUCCAGAUCCUUUGAAUACUUCAGCGGACAGGCUGAAUCGAAGAGGUAUUGUAAUUCGUAGUUGUAAAAUGUUUGUUAAAUGUUUCCCCACGGUUGUUGGAGCACUUAGGAGUUCUUACGAAGUCGUUAAAACCUGUCCGUGCGUUCCAGAUCGAAUUGGAAUUUGGAAGUGUUGCUUUUUAAGGAGAUGGGGGAACCGGAGUACCCGGAGAAAAACUUCUCGGAGCAAAGGAGAGAAUCAACAAUAAACGGGUUCGACGCCGAGAUUCGAACCCAGGCCACAUUAGUGGGAGGCGAUUGCUCUCACCACUGCGCUCUCCUUGCUCUCCAAAUGGAAUCGAGAAUGCUGUAGCGUGGAGACGUGCUCACUCCAUUCCUCUUGAUCCUACAGUUCCUUUUUCUUUAAAUCCACAUGUUUUUAUUUAGGGUCAGCGCACACAGUUCUGGCUAGUUACUGGUCAACAAGAUUAAAGAAAACUGAUCUUUAU